AAACACCACAUGAUUGUUUAAUCAUAAGUAUUGACGAAAUAACGUAUAAAACUAAGUAGAAACUAAUCAGACAGUGUGGUUGCUUUUUGUAUUGAGGGUACAGCUUUCAAAGUUGAGAAGAUGAGAGUUAUCAACGCAGUUGUAAUUGUCUUUCUGUUUGGAGCAGUUAAAUCGCAGAUAGGUACCUCAUGUGGGAUACGUUAUAAUAGAAAACAAGUGCACUGUGAUGCCCAUAGUCAAUGCAUAUAUGAGUAUCAGCUUUGCGAUGGAUUGAGUCAGUGCCAGGACGGAUCAGAUGAAAGAGAAGAUUUAUGUACAGAUUAUAAGUGUCGUGACGAAGAUGUAAAAUGUGCUGAUGGUCGCCAAUGCAUAUGGAAGCCUGCAGUAUGUAAUGAUUACAUUGCAUGUAACGAUGGCUCAGAUGAAAGCGAGGCUACCUGUAAAGGGCGCCCUUGUGCAGGCACGAAGGUGAAUUGUGCAGAUCAGACUCAAUGUAUAUUUAUUUGGGAACAAUGUGAUGGGAAAACAGUUCAUUGUCUUGAUGGAUCUGAUGAUCAAGAGAAUCUGUGUAGAAAUUACACAUGUACAUAUCCAGGUGCUGACUUAAAAUGUGCUGAUGAUUUACAAUGUUUUUCAUAUCUUCAUCUUUGCGAUGGGAAACGAGAUUGUAAUGACGGUUCAGAUGAGACAUUUAAUGUCUGUAAAACCAGAAAUUGUGGAUGGAGAGAACGUUCCUGUGAUAAUGGGAACUGUGUUUACAUCCGUCAGUUCUGUGACGGAAAGGAUGAUUGUGGAGAUAAUUCUGACGAAAGGGAACCUUGUUUUCGUAACAAUUACUAA